AUGUGUGCCGCCCAGAUGCCCCCCCUGGCGCACAUCUUCCGAGGGACGUUCGUCCACUCCACCUGGACCUGCCCCAUGGAGGUGCUGCGGGAUCACCUCCUCGGCGUGAGCGACAGCGGCAAAAUAGUGUUUUUAGAAGAAGCAUCUCAACAUGAAAAACUGGCCAAAGAAUGGAGCUUCAAGCCAUGUGAAAUAAGAGAACUGAGCCACCAUGAGUUCUUCAUGCCUGGGCUGGUUGAUACGCACAUCCAUGCCCCUCAGUAUUCCUUUGCUGGAAGUAAUGUAGACCUGCCACUUCUGGAGUGGCUGACCAAGUACACAUUUCCUCUGGAACACAGAUUCCAGAGCACCGACGUUGCUGAAGAAGUAUAUACUAGAGUUGUCAGGAGAACACUAAAGAAUGGAACAACCACAGCUUGUUACUUUGGAACAAUCCACACUGACUCAUCUCUGCUCCUUGCUGAAAUCACAGAUAAAUUUGGACAGCGAGCCUUUGUGGGCAAAGUGUGCAUGGAUUUGAAUGACACUGUGCCAGAGUACAAGGAGAGCACCGAGGAGUCGGUCAAGGAAACAGAGAGAUUUGUGUCAGAAAUGCUUCAAAAGAAUUAUUCUAGAGUGAAGCCCAUAGUGACACCACGUUUUUCCCUUUCCUGCUCUGAGACUUUGAUGGGUGAACUCGGCAACAUCGCUAAGACCCAUGAUUUGCACAUUCAGAGCCAUAUAAGUGAAAAUCGUGAUGAAAUUGAAGCUAUGAAAAAUUUAUAUCCCAGUUAUAAAAACUACACAGAUGUGUAUGAUAAAAACAAUCUUCUCACAAAUAAGACGGUGAUGGCGCAUGGCUGCUACCUUUCUGCAGAAGAACUUAACGUGUUCCAUGAACGAGGAGCAUCCAUCUCACAUUGCCCCAAUUCUAAUUUAUCGCUCAGCAGUGGCCUUCUAAAUGUGCUAGAAGUCCUGAAACAUGAAGUGAAGAUAGGGCUGGGAACAGAUGUGGCUGGUGGUUAUUCAUAUUCCAUGCUUGAUGCGAUCAGAAGAGCAGUGAUGGUUUCCAAUAUCUUUUUAAUUAAUAAGGUAAAUGAGAAAAGCCUCACCAUCAAAGAAGUCUUCAGACUAGCUACUCUUGGAGGAAGCCAAGCCCUGGGGCUGGAUAGUGAAAUUGGGAACUUUGAAGUGGGAAAGGAAUUUGAUGCCCUUCUGAUCAACCCCAAAGCAUCUGACUCUCCCAUUGACCUGUUUUAUGGAGAUUUUGUUGGUGAUAUUUCUGAGGCUGUCAUCCAGAAGUUCCUUUAUCUAGGAGAUGACCGAAAUAUCGAGGAGGUUUAUGUGGGCGGAAAGCAGGUGGUUCCAUUUUCCAGUUCAGUGUAAGACCUUCGGGCAGCUACGAAGUUCUCCUGGGAUAUGUGAUUCUGCAUCUCCCUUACGCCCCGGUGGAGUUAGAAAGUGAAAAAAUAGUACCUUGUUCUUGGGAUGACUAUCUCUUUCUGUGUCUAGUUACAGUAUUCACUUGACAAAUUGUUUGAAGGAAGUUGCACUAAUUCUCAACUCUGGUUGGCAGGGUUCGUGAUUUCAUAAAAACGUCUCCCUUUUGAGCUGCUCAGAUUUACUUUAAGCUCAAACAGAAGGGAAUGUUAUUGCUGGUGGUGUUUUUGUUAUGAGAUUUAAGUCAAAGCUUUUUCAUAUUUGGAAAUGUGGAAAGAAAAGAUAUUCCUAUAUGGUUAGGUAUUUUGAGUUGAUAAAUGCGAAAAUUAGAAAACUGAAAAUGAACCAGUGAGUAUAUUUUUAUGAGAGAACAAAAGUUAGACUGUGCACAAAUGUUGGAAAACCACUUCAGAUUGUGUUUGAAAAUUAUAUACUGAGCAUACUAAUUUAAAAAGAGAACUUGUUGAAUUUUAAAACGUGUUUCUGGAUUGACCUUGUGUUUUGGAAAUUUGCACUUAAUGGAAUUUGCACUUCAAAGAUAUGUUAUUGUUGUGCCUGCCUUCCUUGGGGAUGAAUGUCAGAAAUUGAAUGCUAUAUGCUUUCUUAAUAUAGUUUUGUGCUUCAAAGUGUUUGACAGAAGUUGGGUAUUAAAGACUUAAAGUCUCUUAGGAACAUUAUUCAUAUAACUACAUGGCAUAAAUAGCUGUAUUUUUGUGUGCUUUAACACCGUCUUCAUUUAUAACUGUGUGAUGUUAUAAUUGCUUCCAUUUUAUUAGAAGAGAAACAAACUCCAUACUCCAGUGUUGUAUAGGCUGGAGUCUUCAUAAACUGGGGCAAGUACUGGGCAUUUAGUAGCUGCUAAUACUGACAGGAACGGUCCGUUAUGAUAGCCUAGUCUACCCAAACAUUAUACCAUAGUUGCUGGAAAUUUCAUACUCAAAUAUCAAUCU